AUGCCGGCGCCGGGCGGAUGUUGAUGCCGAGCGGCAGCGAUGGCGGCGGCGGGGCCCGGCGGGCCCGGGGAGCGGCAGCGCAGGGUGCAGGCACUGAGCGCGGCUCUGCGCGACCGCCUGGGUCCCUACGAGCCGCUGCUGAGCGCCGCGCAGGCUGCGCUGGUGUGGGAGCGGCCGGGCCGCAGCGCGCUGUGGUGGGCGGCAGCGCACGGCCUCUUCUGGUUUUUUGCUCUGACUUCUCUUCGCUUGCUCUUCCUGGUCUCGCUCACCCUUAUGGUAGUCGUUUGCUUAGAUCAGUGGAAGCACAAAAUCUGGCCUGAAAUUGGAGUGGCAAGACCUGGCGAGUUAGACAAUGAGAGCUGGGGAUAUGUCCACCCUCGGCUGCUUGGGGUGCCAGAGCUCUGUCACCAUCUGGCUGAAGGAUGGGUGGCUUGGACCAGCUUCUUCAGCAACCUCCUCGUUUUCAAGAGACAAAACCCUGGCAAGUUUUGCCUUCUAGCCUGUGGAGUCUUUACUUUCCUGGCUGUCCUGGGCCAGUACAUCCCUGGGCUCCUGCUCUCCUACCUGCUGUUGCUCCUCAUCCUGCUGUGGCCCCUUGCUGUGUACCACAGGCUGGGGCAGCGCAUGUACAAGAGGCUGGAGCCAGCUCUGCAGCGGCUGGAUUUCAGCGUGCGAGGCUACAUGAUCUGCAGGCAGCGGGAGAAGCAGUUGCGUCGCAGAGCCCUUCAGCAGGAGGCUGUGGAUGAUGGGAGCGACAGCGAGGAAGAGCUGGCUGCGUUCUGCCCCAAGCUGGAUGACUCCGUGGUUGCCAAGGAGUUAACCAUCUCCGACUCGGAGCACUCAGACGCGGAAGUUUCCUACACAGAGAACGGAAUCUUCAACCUCUCCCGGGGCCAGACCCCACUGACCGAGGGAUCUGAAGACCUGGAUGGGCACAGUGACCCAGAAGAAUCUUUUGCCAGGGAUCUGCCUGACUUCCCUUCCAUAAACCCAGAGGCAACUGGCUUAGACGACGAGGACGACACCAGCAUUGGGCUCCCCAGCCUGGCCUGCCGCUCACAAGCAGCAGAAGAUUCACACCUCCUGUCCGAGCAGGAGCUGGGCACACUGCCCUCCGUGCAGAGCCUCACCAACAACAUUGCAGGCUUUGUCACCAGGGGCAUGAUCCAGCUGGCACUGUCAGGAGCCCCUCAGCCAGGCUCCUCACACAGCGAGCACCCCCAGAGAGCUGUGAAGCCCUUCCUGAGAGCAGCCAGCUCGGACUUGGACACGGACGCAGAAGGAGAUGACUUUGAACUGCUGGAUCAGUCUGAGCUGAACCAGCUGGAUCCUGCUGGCUCACGUGGCCAGUAAGACUCCCAUCACCUCCCUCUGGUUUUCUGUUGUGCAUCAUGGAGGGAGCCCUGGGAGGAGAAGCCUUGCACUGUUCUCUAGAUGGUCUCCUGUGUGAGCAUGAGUGAUGUGGCAGCCAGCCUCAGGAGCACCACUGUGACUCUGUAGCCUUGCUUGGGUUUGCAAAUAAACUGCACUGGUAGCUCCUAGGGAAAGGCAUUGAUGUGAGAGCCCCACAGUCACCACUGCCCUGCACUGCCUGCCAGGAUGCUGCUUGCUCCAAAUCUCCUCACCUAAAGCACUAAAUGUGGUGUUGCAGCUCCGGAGGCCACUGCUCAGACUGAGCCAGCGUCGCCGAGGACAAUCCCAAAACCAACUUUCCAGGGCUGGUGUGUAACUGAGUGAACAGGAUAUUUUCCAUCCUUGGACUGGAUGCUGUUUUGUGUGAGACAACCAUUCCUUCUCCUGAGAUGUCCACAGAAUCCAAGUCUUCUCUCCCAGCAGUAUCUGGGUAGGAGCAGUCCUCCUGCUCCUGCUGUGGAGCCAGCAGUGUCUGACCACAGUGUUUGUAUUUACCAUGGCCUCAGCCCUGGGUUCCUGCUUUCUGGUGAUGUUUUGUAAGAGACACAGUGGCAAUAAGACACUGCUGUGAGCAGAGUCCCAAGAAGAACAUCACCUGUGGCAGCAGCUCUUGUUUUGCUUUCCUGAGAUCGUGGACUAACCCUUUGUGGAACCCCUGCACGCUCCCCCAACAUGCAUUGGGUUGGACAGUGGGGACCCAGCACUUGCCCUGGCACAGCCUCGUGGGUGGGUUUGCUGGAGGAGGGGAGGAGUGGGGCUGGUUUGCCCAGAUCUGCCCUGGCCCUGAGGGCAGGGUGGGGGGCAGCCGCUGCUUCCAGCCUGGUGUACUGAACGGGGCCGGCAGGCUGAGCCACCAGUGACCGAGCAGCUUGUGCCCACGGCGGUCACAUAAACCAACCAGCACCCGAGCGGGGAGGGAGGCACUGCCAGCCGGCCCCGGCCUCGCCCUGCUUGCCACUGCUUUGUCUAAGCCAUAGAGCUCGGUUCUGGUCACCUCUGCAGUGAAGAACGAAGCUCUUCAGGGAGCCUUU